UUAUCGAAGCUGAUCAGCCAUCAGUGGAAGAGCUUGUCGCCAGAGGAGCGGCUGUACUGGGAAGACCUGGCCAAGCAGAGAAAGAAGGAGCACGAACAGAUGUAUCCCGACUACGUCUAUCGUCCACAGCGCACGAAGGACCGGAAGAAAAAA